AUGUCCAAGCAGCCCAUCUCUACCGACAAGGCUCCUGCCCCUGUCUCCCUGUUCUCCCAGGCCAUCGUCCGCAAUGACAUGGUCUACUGCUCCGGCAUGGUAGGCCUUGACCCGAAGACCAACAAGCUUGUUGAUGGCGGGGUCACUGGCCAGACGACUCAACUUCUGCACAACCUCGCCCAGGUCCUUGAGGCCUCUGGAUCCAGCUUGGAUAAUGUCCUCAAGAUGAACGUCUACAUUCUCUCCAUGGACGAGUUCGGAGCCAUGAACGAGGGAUAUAAGCCCUUCUUCCCUGGCGUGCUGCCGGCCCGCACCUGUGUCGCUGUAAAGCAAUUGCCUGUUGGAGCUUCGGUUGAGAUGGAGUGCACCGCCUUCCCGAAGGCGCACACCCGCAAAUUCUCGAGAAACUGCUCGAGACAAACCUCUCGCAGCAGAAACCCUACGGUGACGACGAGUACUCCGAAAAGGGCCAAAGAAUGCCUACGAGAGAAAUUGGAGUCUCCUGAUGCCGCGAUUUAUUUCGUUGCGAGCGGCACUCUCGCCAACAUUAUUUCCAUCGCAAACUGCUUACGCCCGCACGAGGCCGUCAUCUCGGCGAGCACUGGGCAUAUCUUGGUCCGAGAGACCGGCGCAAUCGAGGCGAUAGGACACAAAAUCAUCGUCGUCAACCAAGAAAACGGAAAGUUGACACCCGAAAGCAUACAAGAUGCCCUGAACAAGAACGCACACUACCCUCAUAUGGCGAAGCCCCGGCUGGUAUACAUCUCCAAUGCUACGGAGGUGGGCACUAUCUACACCAAGGCCGAAUUGACUGCCAUCUCUGAUCUGUGUCGGAAACGGGGUCUCCUUCUCUUCCUUGAUGGCGCUCGUCUCGGAGCUGCCCUGUCAGCGGCGAAGAAUGACCUCACACUGCCAGACCUGGUUCACUUGACAGACGUUUUUUGGAUUGGCGGCACGAAGGUAGGCAUGCUUCUUGGCGAAGCGAUUGUUAUCAACAACAAAUCUCUCGCAGAAGACUUUGCGUUCCACAUCAAGCAACGCGGAGGCCUCCUCGCCAAGGGCCGGAUUCUCGGGGUCCAGUUUCUGGAGAUGUUCCGUUCCACCCUCUACUUUGACUUGGCGAAGCACGCCAACGAAAUGGCACAGCUCCUGUCCUCUGGACUUGCGGAGGCGGGACACAAGUUGGAGGCUGAAACGGAAACUAAUCAAGUAUUUGCUAUUCUGCCAAAUGCCUUGAUUGCGAAGCUUCAAAAUGAGUUUCAAUUCUAUGUCUGGGAAAAGGUUCCUGACGACAAGGCUGUAGUUCGGCUGGUCACUUCAUGGGCAACAAGCAAAGAGCAGGUCGCCGCUUUCAUUAAAAAGUUGUAA